AAACUCUGGAAGCGCUCAAUCAGGACUGGAAAGUCACAGCAUCCUAACAUCAACAAAAAUGAAGUACAUUAGCGUGUGUGUUGCUGCCACAGUUAUCAUUGCUUGCCUUUGUAUCUUGGAGACUUCAGCUCUUCCUCUCGCUGAGACACAGGCGGAUGAACCAAGCAACAGUGAAGUCCUGCCUGAGAUAGAAUUAACUGAGACAUCACAGGAGCUGCCUUCGAGGCGUUGCCGGUUCUGUUGCAACUGUUGCCCCGGCAUGCAAGGCUGUGGAACGUGCUGCAGAUGGUAACCCCCCUUGGAACAAUCUUACAUGGGACCAGGUCUGAAAG